AGAAAAUCCGGUUGAUUUUCAAAAUAAAAUGGACCCGACGUCACGCGACGCAGACGUGCCCGGUCGAGCUCUGACGUCACGUCGCGUUCUCGGUGUGUCAGCGGGAUCAGCCGGACUGUGGACCCGGACUGUGGACCCGGACUGUGGACCCGGACCGUGGACCCGGACCUCCGCCCCGCUCUGUCCCGGCUCAGUGUGUGUCCGCGCGCCGACAUGAAGAGGAAGCUGCUGCUCGUGUCCAACUCCACGCUGCACGGAGGAACCUACCUGGAACACUGUCACGUGCAGAUCACACACUUCUUCAGAGAUGUGCGCAGGGUGCUGUUCGUCCCGUACGCUCUCCAUGACAGAGACGCUUACACCAGGACAGCCAGGGACCGGUUCCGGACUCUGGGUUUCGAGCUGGAUGGCAUCCACGAGGCCUCGGACCCCGUCGACGCCGUGCGGAAGGCUGAGGCCAUCUUCAUAGGUGGAGGAAACACUUUCCGGCUGCUGAAGAGUCUCUAUGACAACAAGGUGGUGUCCGAGAUCAGGAGGAGAGUGCUCGAGGACGGCGUCCCCUACAUGGGCUCCAGCGCCGGCACCAACGUGGCCACCAUCAGCAUCAACACCACCAACGACAUGCCCAUCGUCUCCCCUCCGUCCUUCUCCGCCAUCGGCCUCGUCCCCUUCAACAUCAACCCGCACUACCUGGACGCCGACCCGGGCAGCCGCCACAUGGGGGAGACCAGGGAGCAGAGGAUCACUCAGUUCCAUGAAGAACCUGACACUCCGUGUGUCCUGGGUCUGAGGGAGGGCUCCAUGCUGCUGGUGGAGGGAAACAAAGCCACGCUGCUGGGAACCACCAAGGCCAGACUCUUCACCCGGGGGAAGCCGACGGUGGAGUAUGACCCAGGCAGUGACCUCAGCUUCCUGUUGUCACAUUGACCAAUCAGAAGGAAGCAGCACAUGAAGGUGUCACGAGGACGUUCUGGUUCAAAACAAAAUAAACAUCUUAAAUAAAAAU